ACCGGUGACGAGAGUAGUGGCAUAUUUUAGUUACGUUUGGAUUGCCUGAGCUGCGCGCUGCUGCGCUUGCCAAGUGAAAGCUUUGAACAACGGCUCAUCGCUUUAUUUCAGGAUACUUCAGGUGCUGUUGUCUUGCGGGGGUGAAGUUUAUUUGCCUGCCGCGGUUGUCGGAGCUCGACCAUUUGCCAGGAGCAUUCGGUGACAUAGUUUCAGAACGACAGCGCAGUUGACCCGAAACAAGACGCCAUUGUUGUAAUCCAGAUGAAAACAGUGAUCAGCUGUCGUCCAGAAGUAAUGAUCGCUGGCCUUAGGUCAAAAUUUCAGAGUUUUGGCCUCACUACGAGUUCUGGAAGUUCGAAGAGCCUUAAGAAAAGUAAAAGAAUAGAGGAGCACCCUCGAAGACUUGCGGAAAACUUUUUCGCCUAAGCUUAUUUUCGUGUCGAACGUUCGAACUGUGACGCGAUCACUUUUGUGUUCCUUUAAUAUUGGUUGCGCGCUUGUAGUCUCAGUGGGACAAUGAAGCUUCUGGAGAGCAGCCGCUUCGAGGCCAUCAACUCAGCGUUGUGCUUCGAGACUGGUGAUUGCAAGAUUGUUGGCAGGAUUGAGAGCUACUCCUGCAAGAUGGUGGGAAGCGAUAAGCGGUUGUUCAAGACCAUGAAUGCUGAAGCAGGUGGUGGCCCAAAUGACUUGCAAGCACUAUCGCCACCACAAAGUGUACUUGUCUCGCAGAGUCCAAGCAGACUUUACAGCCGGAGCCAAAGUGAUGAUGGAGAGUGCCACUUAUGUGACACUAUUAGUCGCAAGACUCUAUUUCACUUGAUUGGCACCCUGAAUGCGUCCUUCCAUCCAGAUUAUGAUUUCAGCCAGGCCAAGAGUGACGAAUUCAGCCGGGAGCCCAGUCUGGAUUGGGUGAUGAACACUGUGGACAGCAACCUGUUUGCGACAGCUAACCAGGCAUACAGUGCACUUCGAAGCCACCUGUGGGCAGCCGUGGAAAGUGAAAUCUCACUGACUGAAUGUGAGAUCUUCAGUUACAACCCAGAUCUGGCCUCAGAUCCUUAUGGGGAGGAUGGUUGCUUGUGGUCUUUUAAUUAUUUUUUCUACAACCGCCGGCUCAAGCGCAUUGUCUUUUUCACCUGCCGGGCAGUCAGUGCGAACAGCUUUGAGUAUGGCCGAGACGAUCUGGAACUCGAAAUGAACAUGGAGUUGGAAGAAGAGUCUGUGGCCAAUACCAACAGAGCCACACAAGAGGCAUUUUAAGAGUGCGCCUCAAGAAUUAUGAAUCGCUCCAGCAGCAAGCAUCCAUACAACUUGCACCAGGCACAUCACUGGAAUCUCCCGUCCGCUUUUUGCACCUGCUCAUUCAGUACAUUCACUACAUUUUCCACAUUAGCGCACAAGCCAUAUAAUUGGUUGAUCACAUGGUACCCUAAAAAAUUUGUACAUACAACUACAUUGUGUACACAUCAAACAUAUGCCAAUUUUUAACUGUACAGUCAAGGAUUUUAGACAAAAAUCUUGCUUUAUUGCCCGGUACAACAAAUACUACCUGCCUUUAAUGAAACAUCCCUUGCCUUUGAGUUGCACUUUCUCUGCUGUCUGUCUUUUCCCUGUUACUCACUGCAUCCAGAUAGUGCAGGAUACUAGAAAGAGCUCUUUCAAACCACACCAGGAUUGCGAUAAACUGCGGCUUUUUGAAAAUGACCGUGUCAUGAAAGGAAAAUUUUAUUUAAACAUUGUUAGAAAUUCUGCAGUUAUCUCUGCUUGUUACUCUGAUCUAGAUAAUACCUAAGCAAUAAGCUGUAAUAGACUAAAGUUCUUUUUCUUGUCUGCUUUUUGUCUAUUGUCUGUCUACUGAGAGAUUUGUCAUGGCAAAGCAGAAUUGCCUGUCUAGUUCCUUCUAUGUGUGGUGUGUUUGCAUACCUACGUCAUCAUUGCUUAUAUUAAUGAAGUUGCAGCAGUGAUCUGCAACAUCAGACAUAGGCAUGUCAGAAGGUGGAUUUUCGUCAAAUAGAUGUGUUUUCUUCUGCAUAGCCAAAUGAUAAAUGCUGCUCUUUGCUUGUACACAUAGCCAUUUGCCAGUACAAACUAUAAGAGAGCACUUAUAGUAGCAAACCCAUCUGUUGUUGUGUUCCUUGCAAUAUUUUUGCCCCAUCGGCUGCAUGGUAUGACAAGGCAGUAGCUGCCACUUGUUCUGUACUACCGGUUUAGUGUGUGAAAAGCAACAUGGUAUGAGCAGUUUUAAAGGUUUCUUUUUAAUGUACAUUUUACAGCUAUUUAAUCCAGAAUGAAUAAAAAAAAUUUGGUGUUC